UCAACAUAUUGGAAUAUUAAGGUAAUUGGAGGCAAAUACAAUGGCGUUUUGUUCGGCUUCUGAUUUUGAUGGGGCCAACGGACCAUCAAGGCGCACAUAGCCAACCAGUAUCGUAGUCACGUAGAAUAUGAGAUUGUUGACUACCACUGCUGAUGUGAUUACGCGAACAUCUCCCAAUCCAUGAUUGCGUACUCGCUCGGAGAACGACUUGAUCAAGUGAGACUGCUCCGGAAAUGGGCCCACAGGUACUGGAAGCUGAUGUGGUGGAGGAACGAAGACGAGUGGCAACGAUGAAGCAGCCGGUGCAGUUGAAACUGGUGUUUGUGCUGGUGUGAGAAGUGGUACAUCAAGAACUGGAGAUGUGAAUAAAGGCGCUUCGACUUGCAGAAGAGGAAGUCCCUCGAAACCAUGUGUUGCAACAGGUUGCUGCAUUAUUUGAGGAUUCAUCGUAAACAAUCGGUGCUUUCCAAUCGGAGGCGUUUUCUUCAUGUUUCGCCCAGGAGGCGGCGGACGAGCCCAUGACACCUCCAGACGGCUGCCAUUCAGUACGGCACCGUUGUGCUUUUCCAUUGCAGCUUCAGCUUGGGCUCGUUUGUGAAAUCGUACAAAACCGUAAGUUCGUUGAAUUUUCACACGUGCGACACCCGCUUCUUCACCUCCGAAAAGUUGUUUUAGAGCGAGCUCAGAUGUACCAGGUGCUAUGUUUCUGAUGAAUAGAUUUGCGAUCUUUAUUGGAGAAUUCAACAGUUUCUCCUUCGCUCGCACAGCCGCUCCCACAUCAGCAAAACUAACGAAGGCGAAACCUCGAUUUCGUACCAGAGGGCUGCCUUCUGCAUAGGCAUCAAUGGUGGUCGCAUCUGGAAGGAUUGCACGCAGGAACGACUCUACUCUCUUCGGCUCCCAAUCCCGUCUGAUUUCACCGAUGAAAAGGCGAUCUCGAUGUUCCGUCGGCUGGUCAUGACUCAGUGA